AUGGAUACUGCUGCUCUCCGUGAAACCCGGCUCACUGGGGAGGGACAGCUGAAGAAGGUCAGUGGAGGGUACACCUUCUGGAAUGGGAAACCAGACUAUGACCCCUGUAUCCACGGAGUUGGUUUUGCUAUCAGGAAUAAAAUCAUUGACAUGUUCCCCGAACUCCCUUCAGUUUACCCAAGUGUGAAAGCCUCUGUUGAAGGACAAACUUCUCUGCAAGUCACAAGAAGUAGAAAUGAAGAAAUAUUUCCAAGAGAUUCCAAUUUAAAAGACAAAUUCAUAAAACACUUCACAGGGCCAGUCACGUUCUCAGCUGAGUGUAGCAAGCAUUUCCAUCGACUCUAUCACAACACAAGGGACUGUUCAACACCAGCCUAUUACAAAAGAUGUGCAAGACUGCUAACAAGGUUAGCAAUGAGUCCUUUGUGUACACAGUCCUAGAAAGUUUGCUGUAGGUUUCUACAAGUGAGAGAUAUCUGAUUUGCCGAGAAAGUGCCUUGAAAUCUUCCAAGACAGAGAAGACAUCUAGUAUCUUUAUGAUUCACAUUAUUGUUUUGUUACUAGAUGCAUUUUAUUUUCAUAUCUGUUGGACAUUCCAUAUUUGUGAGACUGAAACUUUAUUUUAAUUUGUAAAUUUGUUGCCUAUAGUUCAAACAAGCCAGUUAUUUAAAUACAUGUAUAUAAGGAGUACUAAUAAUAUACUAAUUAAAUGUUAUAAUCACAUGCAGGGAAUGGGUUAGAUUUU